AUGGAGGGUUGUGGAGACAAAGAAGGCAGAGAAGUAAACACAGACACACCCAGCUUGAAAAAGGCAGAUCCGAAAGGUCGGAGUGCGUUGUUGGCUGACAUCCAGCAAGGAAAGCGCCUACGAAAAGUCACGCAGAUCAAUGACCGCAGUGUCCCACAAAUUGAGAACUCCAAGGGAACCAACAAAGAAGGAGGAGGUUCUGCAACCCCCAGAGGUGGGAGCACACCUCCAGCCCUGGGAGAUCUGUUUGCUGGGGGCUUUCCUGUGUUACGACCAGCAGGCCAGAGGGAUGUGGCAGGUGGCAAGACAGGGCUGGCCCCUGGCUCCCGAGCUCCUUCUCCCAGGCUUCCCACCAAAAACACCAGUGGUCCGCUGAAUGCCCCUGCAUCUCCCCGGCUGGGAAAUGCCUCCGAGACACAUGGCACUGCCCGGACAGUGCCUCCUCGCCCCAACAUGCCCGCCCCUCCUCCUCCCACUCUACCCCCACCUCCCCCACCCUUGCCAGCAUCCUCCCCUAUCAAAGCUUCGCUGGUGUCCCCACCUGGCCCAGCCAACAAAGGGAACCCCCCAAUGGCUUUGCACCUACCACCUAUCCCUCCCCCACUUCCUCUUCUCCCACCCUAUGGGUAUCCCGGGCUCAAUGCAGAUGCUGUGAGUCCCACCCAAGAUGUCCGGGAGCCCCCAGCCCCUGCAGCUCCUCUGGCCCCACCACCCCCUCCAUCCCCACUCCCCACUUCUGCCUCAUCUUCCCCUAGGUCUUCUGUGCAGGCCCCCCCUUUGCCAGGUAUUAACAAUAGCAGUGAAGCACCACCCCCGCUGCCCCCCAAAUCUCCCAGCUUCCAGGCCCAGCCCCAGAAGCCCAGUGUGCAGACCUUGCCCACACCACCAGCCCCACCAGGACCUCAGUUCCUGCAGAAGAAGAGACAUGGCCGAGGCCCAGGGACCAGUGGGGGGAAGCUAAAUCCACCCCCGGCUCCUCCUGCAAGAUCACCCACCACAGAGCUCUCAAGCAAGAGCCAGCAGGCCCUGGUCUGGACCCCACCCCAGCAACCAGCAGGUCAACUGAGAAACGGAAACCUACACAUCCUGGAUGACUUUGAGUCUAAAUUCACGUUCCAUUCUGAGGAAGACUUUCCUCCUCCGGAUGAAUAUAAACCAUGCCAGAAGAUUUACCCCAGCAAGAUCCCCAGAAGUCGUACACCUGGUUCCUGGCUCCAGGCCGAGGCAGUUGGACAGAGCUCUGAUGACAUCAAAGGCAGAAAUUCUCAGUUGCCCCUAAAGACACUCCGAUGA